CUUAGUAAUAAUGCAUAAAAUAUGCGAUGGCAAAUAGUCUCAGUAUCUUAGCUUAGAUUAAAGGUUAGGUAAGGUUAGAUUGACUGUAACCAUAGCAACAGUUGUAUCAAUACAAACCAGUAGUUUAAAAUAAAUUCUAAGCCGAGGUGUAGAAAGAACAUGUUAUUCAUCAUUACAUUAGAAUGAAAUAUUUUAACAAUAAAUAUGGAUAGAUAUGUAAUCGAUGAAAAAAUUGGUGAAGGAGCACAGGGUAUAGUUUUGAAAGCAUACGAUACGAUAGCAGAGAAGAAUGUUGCAUUGAAAAAGUUACUUUUAAAAAAUAUUGAAAAUGGUAUUUCCAUAUCUAUCAUGCGCGAGAUGAAAAUUUUACAACAAUUAAAACAUCGGAAUGUUGUAGAAUUACUGGAUGCGUUUCCUGUUGGAUUAGACUUUAUAAUGGUUUUCGAAUACAUGCCAAUAAGUUUAUGGGAAAUAAUAAAAGACAAUGAAACUGUACUAACACCAGUUCAAGUAAAAACAUACACAAAGAUGAUCUUAGAGGGUAUUGUAUAUGUACACGAAAAGAAUAUAAUACAUAGGGAUUUGAAACCUGCUAAUUUGCUAAUAAGUGAGAAAGGUAUUUUGAAGAUUGCUGAUUUUGGUUUGGGUAGAUUAAUGUGGAAAGAUGCGUCAAAACCAUAUUCCCAUCAAAUUGCUACCAGAUGGUAUAGAGCACCAGAAUUAUUGUAUGGAGCUAAAUAUUAUACAUCAGCUAUCGAUAUGUGGUCUGUUGGUUGCAUUUUUGGUGAACUACUUAACAAAUCGCCAUUGUUCCCAUUACUAUUUUUACAGGGUGAAACGGAUAUUGAACAACUAGCAAUAGUACUAAAAUAUUUGGGAUCACCUACAUCAGAAACAUGGCCUGAGUUAAGUACAUUACCAGAUUAUAAUAAAAUUACAUUUCCAUACCAUGCAGGAGUAACAUGGCAAGAUAUCAUUGAUGAUGCAGAACCUGAAGCAGUUGAUCUUAUUAGUAAAAUUCUUAUUUACAACUCAUCGAAACGUUUAACAGCAAAUGAAGCACUACGUCAUUUGUAUUUUCAUAUGAAACCUUAUACAUCAUUACAAAAUUUAAUAAAACCAUCCACUAAUUAUCGUAAUCAAAUAAAACAGAAAGAAAUGAACACAAAUAUUCAAGUUAGUACGCUUUUUGAAAACAUAUUAACUAUUACUUAA